UCUCUCCUCCCAGCCUACAAAGAGAAGAUGAAGGAGCUGUCCCUCAUCAACCUCAUCUGCUCCUGCUUCCACACCGAAGCCAAAAACACCCUGAUUGGCCAGUUUGAAGACAUGGAGGUGAAGCCCAUCAACAAGCGUGCUUCAGGGCAGGCCUUUGAGGUGAUCCUCAAGUCCCCGUCCCCCACCACCGAUGCCAACUACAGCAUCACCUCGCCGCCCAAGAAGGACAUCUCCCUGGAGGACAUCCAGAAGAAGCUGGAGGCCGCGGAGGACCGGAGAAGAUCCCAGGAGGCCCAGGUGCUGAAGGCCCUGGCUGAGAAGCGUGAGCACGAGCGCGACGUGCUCCUGAAGGCCAUGGAGGAGAACAGCAACUUCAGCAGGAUGGCCGAGGAGAAGCUGGCCGUCAAGAUGGAGCAGAUCAAGGAGAACCGGGAGGCCUACCUGGCGGCCAUGAUGGAACGCCUGCAGGAGAAGGAGAGGCAUGCCCAGGUGGUCCGCAGGAACAAGGAGCUGAGGGAAGAGCUGACAGCGUGAACACACACCUACCACCAUUCCAAACCCCCAACUACCCACCUCCCCGACCCCCCCGACCCCCGACCCCCGACCC